AUGCCAAUCGCGGGCGAAAUCGGCUUUGCCACCCUUCCCGAGCAUGUCCACCGCAAGUCGGCGAAGAAGGGCUUCGACUUUACCAUCAUGGUCGUCGGCGAAUCAGGCCUCGGCAAGUCGACCCUGACCAACUGCCUCUUCCUCGGCGACCUCUACAAGGACCGGAAGAUCCCCACGGUGAGCCAGCUGCUGGAACGGACCGUCUCCGUGGAGAAGAAGCAGCUGGACAUCCUGGAGAAGGGCAUCAAGCUGCGGGUGACCAUAGUCGACACGCCCGGCUUCGGCGACGCCCUCAACACCAGCGGCAGCUUCCAGUGCGUGGAGCAGUACAUCGACGAGCAGUUCAACCAGUACUUCAAGGACGAGUCGGGCGUCAAUCGAAAGAACAUCGUCGACAAUCGCGUCCACUGCUGCCUCUACUUUAUCUCGCCCUUUGGCCGCGGACUCUCCCAGCUGGACAUUCAGUUCAUGAAGCGCCUCGCCGGCAAGGUCAACAUCGUGCCCAUAAUCGCCAAGGCCGAUUCCCUGACCGCCCUGGAGAUGGCCACCCUGAAGAAGAAGGUCCUGAAGGAGUUCGAGGAGCACGGCAUCGCCA